AUGGAAAAAAAUAACAACAUUUAUGUAAAUAGUUCAUCAUCCAAUUCUCUACUCCUUCCCACUAUCCUUUUCGCCGAAAAAAAAAAUACAUCGAUCGAUGAUGAUGAUGAUGAUGAUGAUGAUGAUGAUGAUGAUGAUGAUGAUGAUGAUGAUGAUGAUAGUGAUUUGAGACUAGUACGCAACUAUAGUCGUUUUCCCUCCAAAAAAAAAAGAAACACAAAUAGUAUAACAACUAAAUAUAAAUUUCUUACAAAAACAAGAAUAUCAUAA